GAAGAACUCUUUUCUCAACUACAACGUUUCUUGUAUCCUGACAAUGCCUCAAUAUAUGAGACAAGGUUAUGGCAAAAUGCUCAUUGAUUUCAGCUAUUUGCUUUCCAAAGUAGAAGAAAAAGUUGGCUCUCCAGAGCGACCUCUGUCUGAUUUAGGUCUCAUCAGUUAUCGUAGUUACUGGAAGGAAGUUCUCCUUCGUUACCUGCAUAAUUUCCAAGGAAAAGAGAUCUCUAUAAAAGAAAUCAGCCAGGAGACUGCAGUGAACCCUGUUGACAUUGUUAGUACAUUACAAGCACUUCAGAUGCUCAAGUACUGGAAGGGAAAACACCUUGUCCUAAAACGACAGGAUCUGAUUGAUGAAUGGAUAGCCAAAGAGGCAAAAAGAUCCAACAGCAAUAAGAUAAUGGAUCCCAGCUGUUUGAAAUGGACCCCUCCUAAGGGAACUUAACUACCUGUCACUCCUGAAGCCAGUGAACCCCAGCAGUAGGAAGCACCCUAGGGAUCUCUGUUGUGUCUGUUGCUGUUGUGAUUGGCUGGUACAGUACCCGCCCC